GAUGUCGCCCUCUAGCGCCUGGAGGCUGAAGUGGACAUAACAGAACACAGCUGGUGUCCGACACAAGCUGUGGGAAUGAACUGCACGAAUUAACACAAAUUAACGUUCAUUAGAUCCGUCGAUAUUCUGCGGAGAAAAUAUUGUUUAUUCACGUUGUAAGUGUCCCUAGACGUCGCAGCCCUGCAUUCCAAAAAGGAAGACGAGUACUUCACCAUGAGCUCAGACGAUGGUGACAUGGAGAACCAGGCUGAGCUCGAAGAGAAGACGAGGCUCAUCAACCAGGUGUUGGAGCUGCAACACACUCUAGAGGAUCUGUCUGCCAGAGUGGACGCUGUCAAAGAAGAGAACCUGAAGCUGAAGUCGGAGAACCAGGUUCUAGGUCAGUACAUCGAGAACCUCAUGUCAGCCUCCAGUGUCUUCCAGACCACCGACACCAAGAGCAAACGAAAGUAAGGAGAACAUGGAGAGUCUGACCCUUAACCUGCUCCCCCCCCCCCCACACAAACACACUCACACACACGCAUGCUGACACACAUUCCAAAACCUGAACCUACAACGCCAUGGAGGAUGGAUUCUGAACAUCUGCGUCAUGCACCCUUUAGAGCUGCCUCAAACACCUGAAGUUAACAUGCAUCAUGGCUGAUCUGAUCACAGGUGGACAGCUCACUUCACAACUGUAAUCAGACUUCUCUUCUGAUUGGAUCCCAUUUCCUCGUUCUAUAUUCAUAUAAACUUUUUAUUCUUUUCAAUUAGGAAAGAAUGAAUUCAUUUUAAAAGAGUGUGAUGCAGUACAGUGAUGUGUGAGACCUGUGAUGCAGACUGGAGCUUUUUUUUUUUUUUUAAGAUGAGAUAUCUUUAAAAAGGAAAACCUGGGCCAAAAAAGGGCACGAUGAUAACCUUCAUUUCCAAGUUACAAACUGCUAAUCACUUAAUUCCAACUAUAAAAAAAGCAAACAAAUAGGAAGAGUAACAUGAAAACAAUCAGAUCAAAUAUUUACACACAAGACAGUGUUGACCUAAAAUAUUUAAUCCGGCUUUUUAAAACACUCAGGGUUAUAAAAUUGAAAGAUUUUGAAUUUGAUGGGUGCCGAAAAACAACUUUUUUUUAGAACAACAUGCAAGUUUGUAAAAAAAUGGCUCAUUAAACUAAAACCUUGCAAUGUCAGAGAAUGGGCAUGUACUUAAAGCCGGCCAAUUCAGCUUCAAAUAUGAACUAAAGGUUUAUAAUAAAACAACAGGUUGUAAUGAACCUCAAUGCACCGUGAUAGACAGUCAUAAACAUUCAUCAGUAAGUAUUCAAAGGGUAGACUGCAAGUUUUUGUUUCACACACUUACAAAUCCUUCUUUGCUCUUCAGCUUAGCUCUCCUGGUCUGAGCUCUCAUCUCUUAAAGAGCCGUAGGAGCAUCCACACCUGUACUUGUAACAUGUCCACUUGUGAUCUGAAGUUUAAAGCAGGUGUAAAUAAGGUCUAAGCCUCAAAGAUGUUUCUCAGUCUGCAAAUCUCAUUAGAUAAGUUUUCCACUAGGUGGCAGUGUUGCAUUUAUCUCAAUGAAACCUUUUUUCAGUCUGAAAGAUCUGUCAGAAUGUGAAAGACCCACAUGUAAGCUGAACCUUUCAACUAAGAUAUCAACAGACAUGUUAUAAAAUGUAACACAAUGUGAGAACCGUGAGAACAUUUACAACCCAAAUUAGAAUGUCAGCUUCAUCGUAUGUCCAUGUUUCAGGACCUGGGGUUCAGAGAUGUGCAGUUAUCUAAUCCUUAAAUAAUUCACCAGUUCUAAACAUACAGCUGUGAGGUGGGUGAACAGAAAACAAAACUUUAUAAAUGAAUCAAUAGAAUAGACGACAUCCUGAAAUGUUCACAUAGUUACAUGCUCUUGUUGCGUGCUUGUUGGUUAAAAACUGGACUGGUUCUUAAAUCAUAGCAUCGAUCAGAUUAGAGAGAUUGCAGUGAAGGAAAUAAGAACAGAAACUGAGCAGAAGCAGGAUUAUUAUAGAAAUGUCUUCAACAGCGUGUCCUAACAGCACGCGACGCGAGAUGAGACAUUUUUACAUGAAUUGUCUCGUUUCUGUUUUCAUUCCUUGGAAACUGCUUGGAGUCAUGACUCCGGCUGUCCAGCGGUGCUGCUCUGUACAAGAGCAGAGCUGACACAGCGUACAUGCAUCUGGUGGAAGUUCUAGGUUAUUCUAACCCUGCACUCUGACCAGACAGCUACAUGCUAACAGCUAAUUCUGUACCCUAUGCUAAAGGUUUUCUCCCUGUGAAAAUAUUUGAUCCAUUUCAGUUUUAGUUUGGGAGACAUAAAGUCCACUCAAACAACAACAGAUCAACAAAGUCAUGAGACUCCUUUACUCUUAGGUUUUUAGAUGUUCACUGCCUCAAAGAGAUGUUCAGAACUGGUGAUGAUACUGCCCCCCCCCCCCCCCCCCCUUUACCUCUCCCUCCCCCUCCCUCCUCCAUGCUGAUAAAACCCUGCUCAGAUUUUUAUAGAGUUAAAAUGUUUACGUUAAACCGAUUUUCUCCUGGUCCUUUGAAGCUCCAGAUAUUCAGUCUUUGUCCUUUAGUGACUAAACAGAUACAAGGAGCAGGCUUCAAGAGAAUUUGGCUUCUUAACUUUAUUUUUUUGAUAUUUAUUAUUCAGUAUUGCUUUAGUUGCCAUGAGCACAGUAGAUCUGAUUUCAUGUUUGUAUUGUUACUGCUGAAACCUCUCUGAAGAGAGGAGGGUCCAAAGGCCCCGUUUUAAAAUUCUUUAUUUGAAUAUGAUGUCACAUUUUGUUGCUGCUUAUUGCACUAUGGGAGUAAAUGGCCCCACCUUAGCAGCUAUCACUGCUGCAGUUUAAAGGUCACAUAUUAUGCAAAAUACACUUGACCAUGUUUUUCACCAACAUGUGUCCUUAGCCUAUUUACAAACCCCCAAAGGAUGAGAGUCCAUCCCCUCCGUCUUUUGCCUGCUCCACUUUUUAGAAAAUGUGUGCUCAAACAGGCUGUUUGGAGAUUUUCCCUUCAUGACAUCACAAUGGGCAAUAACCCCUCCCCCAGGUGGGUGACACUCCCACAGCUAGGUGUUUGUUCUGCCUUCUGACCAUAAACAAUCAACCAUGGAGAGAGAAAGCCCAAGGCACACUAGUCCCUCCAGAAAUGGGCGUGGUCAGACACAGCUCAUUUGUAUUUAAAGGUACAGACACAAAAACAGCCUGUUCUGAUCAGGGCUGAAAUAGAGGGGUUUAUAGACAUGAUCAAAUACAGGAUCAGAGUGGAUUUAGAACAAGAAACUUCACACACAUGUUUUUUGGAGCUCUGAGACUUAUUUAAACUGGUUGAAAAGGAGGAUAAUAUGUGACCUUUAAAGCUAAAACCAUGUGUCAAAUAAGAUCAGACCUGCAGGGGUGAUCAAUCAUGUGUAUGUGCUAACUGUUACAGUGGCAGAGCCUAGCUUCGCCUCUCCAUUAACCAGUGACAAAUAUGACAUGUUGGGGAAGAACAACAACCCUCUGUUUACAUUUUACUGUUUGUUUAUUUGUUUGUUGCUCAUUUUAACUGACUUUGUUUGAAUAAAGUUUGAUCCUUUUUGAUGAA